AUGGACAGACCAAAUAUAUUUGCUAAUUUGAAUGUGACAGAUAGAGGAAAAAUAAUCGGCUUACAUGAAGCAGGCCUUAACAUAUCGCAAAUUGCGCUCACUAUGGGAAUCACUCGUCGAACAGCAGCAUUGUGGAUUACAAAGUAUGAAGAAGCAGGAAUGAAUAAUCUUAAAGAUCAUCGAAAAAAUAAUAGAGCUCCACAGAAAACAACGCUGGAAGACAAUGAAGAAAUUGUUAGAGCAAUCGAUGAAAAUCCGUUCAAUGCAGCUGCUACUGUGUUACAGAACAGAAAUUUAAAUAUUUCAGUAAAUACCGUUGGACGUCGAUUAAAAACUGCAAAUGUCCACUCUCGUGCUGCAGCAAAAAAAAUAGAAUUAAAUCCAGAACAUAGAAGACAAAGAAUGCAGUUCGCAAGAGAUCAUUUGAAUACACCUCAAGAAGAAUGGAACGCUGUAAUGUGGAUGGAUAAGAAAGCUUCUCAUCCGCAGAAGAUGAACGUUAUCGUGUCUGGCGUCUAG